UAAAAAAUAUGAGGAAUGUUACAUAACUAUUACUUGGUGAUAUCGGGGAGGGUAAAAUGCAUAAUGGAUUUCGAAAGGAAACCGAUGCAAUAGUUUCUCAAAUAGAAAAUGUCAUAGUAAACAAAGAACGAACUCUUGAAGAAAAGUCGCAGUACAAUUGUAUUUGCUGGAAUGAGUGUUUUGAAUAGAAAAGGCACGAACUCACAAUAAAACUUAAAGAAGAUCGAAAAAUAGUUCACCACCAAGUUAAAAUCACAAAGGGAUACAGAAAUUCAUCACCCCAAGGAUUAUAAACGAGGAUACAGAACAUAAAUCAAAAGACUCACCACUCAAGGACGCAUCCAAGAGAUACAAAGUUUAAGGGAGUUCUCCAAGAGAGCUUCUGCCAAGAUAUUAUCAGUUUUCUAAAGUUCUUUAUAAGUCCUAAAUACCAAAAUAAAUACUAGUGCAUGAAACAACCCUUCAUGCAUAAGAAAUUUCAAAAUUAAGUGUUUAUAGCUACUAACCAACUCCUUUAAUGUAUUCUUUGAUCAUGAAGACAUGUUUAUAACUACUACCCAACUCUUUUAAUGUAUUCCUUUGUCACGAAGAAAAGUACCUUGAAACAGUUUUAACUUGUAGGGAAUAUACUGAUAAGCUGUCAUAUUUGAAUGAGUUGAGUUACUGUCAUAUUUGAAUGAGUUGAGUUAAAGAAGACAUCAUUAUUGGCCGAAAAAAAUAUCAUAUUAUAGUAAAUUAGACACUUCCGUGUCACUUGGUCUAGGUGAGUGAUUGCUUUUUUUUUUUUUUGUUAUAAUUGCUCUUCAAUGCCAUGAUCAUGUGACGUUAUUAGAAUAAACAUAUCAUCAUAUUAUGAGUUGUUGAAGACAUGCUUUUGUUACUUUGUUGAGGUUCAAAGACAAGUCUCCUGCUUGCUAUUAAAGUUCAUCUUAUGUGGAGUUAUAUUAUUUCAUGGAUGGCUCACCCUCCUAGGCACAAUUAUUUCACUAACUCCAAUGCGCUGAUCACCCAACAACGAUGGGUACCAAUGGGAAGUACUGCAAUGGGUACCAAUUAUUCACUUAUACAUUCCCCUUCCAAGUCCUCUCUUAGAACAUGUCAUGAGAAAAAUUUGGAGCCUUUGUCAUGCACCAUAGUCCCACUUCGAAUCAUUUGUCCCACAUGCCAGCACCAAUAUACAUUCAUGAGUAUAUGACAAUACUUCAGUCACAUUCAUCUGUACACACUAAUGCCCCAGUCAAAGCCCUAAGGAGCUGGGCUUUGGGUGAGUUUGAAUAAUUGUGUCCAGAAGCAGGUCAGAUUCUGAUUUCAGAAAUCAGAAUCAGAAUAAUUGUGUCCAAAGCCCUGCUUCCACUGCAUCGUCCUGCUUGGCUCCAACCCUGACGGCCAGCUUCUGUGACGUGGGGCCCGCUCAGGAUGGCAGUUCCUAGACUGGGCCCCCCGUGCGGGCUUCCAGUGGUGUUGGGCAAUGUGACCCACAGAGGAUCGCCUCAAGUAUAUUGGCAGGAAGAGGCAAUCUGGGGGACCAGCAGCUGCUGAGAGUUCACUGGUGGAGUGCUUCAGUCCAUGAUGGUCAUCAGAAUAAUUGUGUCCAAAGCCCUGCUUCCACUGCAUCGUCCUGCUUGGCUCCAACCCUGACGGCCAGCUUCUGUGACGUGGGGCCCGCUCAGGAUGGCAGUUCCUAGACUGGGCCCCCCGUGCGGGCUUCCAGUGGUGUUGGGCAAUGUGACCCACAGAGGAUCGCCUCAAGUAUAUUGGCAGGAAGAGGCAAUCUGGGGGACCAGCAGCUGCUGAGAGUUCACUGGUGGAGUGCUUCAGUCCAUGAUGGUCACUGUCACCAAAAAGAGGCUGUUAUACUAGCUCGCAUCAAGGUAUUUACGUCGGAGGCAUCCAAAAAUAAUUGUGGGCUCGCUACCAACGUAGAAGGAUACCAUUUGAAGCAUGCGUACCUGUGAAGUUUACUGCCGCCUUCUCCAAGAACCAUUCUUGGUACUUGCAUCUGCCCGCAGCUGCCGAGUCUCCUUCCACCGUUGCAAACGGCAUUGAAGGCGCCGCUUGAUAUGGCAACAUCUGCCUCAAAAAAUGUCUUAUCUCGCACACCAAUUCAGAUUCGGUGCCAGCCCACCGUUUUGGCCUCCUGGUCUUUUAAGUUUUCUAAUGCUCAUCUACUCUCCUGAUAGAUAGACUGCGAGAAGAAACCACGCCAGUAUUUGGUAUAGGAUGUACAUGUCGCCUCUCGCACAUGCAGUAUCUGUCAGAUAUUAAAUGCCUCAUCUCCUCCCAUGGAUCCAUUUUGGCCUUGUUUGCUUUCUUCGUCUCUAUAAAUUCUUCCCCUGUGAAUGCUUCGUCUAAUCACAGUCUUGAAGGUCUAAAACCACACACAAUGGAGGGUUUAUGGUGGAAGCACUCCGGUUUUGAACACUGGCUUCUCUGCGUGAAAAUUGUGAGGAAAGUAGCCUUCGCUGUCCUUACUUGCACCUUUGCUUUGUGUGGAUCCUUGGUUGGGUUGAUAUCAGGUGCAGUCAAGGGCCAAACUACAGAGACUGGCCUGUUCCGAGGUGCUGGGAUUGGAGCAAUUUCCGGCGCAAUCGUCUCAGUGGACGUCUUGGAAUCCUGCUUCCAGGGAGAGAUUUUAUCCAAGCUAGACAUCUUUGACAGCCUUCUUGAUGGAAAGAUAUUUCGAGAAUGGGUCAGCCCAGCAUUGCUCAAAGCAUACCAAUGGCAAAUCAAUGCAACCGAACCCAGCUACAGAGACAGUUCAGAUAUCUUUGAUGUAAACAAGGACAAGGGUCUAUUACCAAAUGUUAUCAGAAAGUUGCCCAUGUUUGAGAUCAGUCCUAAGGAGACAAUUGAUUCUUGUGGGAAGACAAUAUGCUGUGCCGUCUGCCUGCAGUGUAAACUACUACUUGAAACAAAGAAGUUGAGGAGGUCCCCAGCUAAUCUGAUUCCAGGUUCUUUCAUCAAGAUUAAUUUCCAUGUUACAAAUAUUUUAAUAAGGAAUCUGCAUUUAACUCUAUGAAUGUUUGAAAAUUUUCCUACUUGAAGAAAAUAAGUCGAAGGUAAAGAUGAGGAGUAGACACACAUUUGAUGAGGACAUAUCUGGAUCUAAAAACUGACAUAUGUUCCCUCUCUUGUCUUGCAUCUUGCUGUUGGAAAUGCAUGUAUCUACCAUUAUUUUCUGCUACUAAGUAGAACCUACUUGCUGGCAUGAGUGAAUUGUCCAAAGGCAUUGCCAUAGACAAUUAACAACCACACAUUUCACCAAAGGAACCAUUUUUUCCUUCUGAACUUCUCUGAUAUGUUUCAUUUAGAUUCUUAAUUGUUAAAUGUUUUUAGAAUAUUUUGGUGGAAAUUCCUAAUGUCAUUUACAUCUCCAUUUCUUCUUGCCAUUCAUUUUAUAAAGUUCUGCCUUACCUACAUUUUUCAAAGUCUAAUACAAAGAAUAUUCACAGGAUUUCAUCAACGGUGAAGACGCAAGAAGAUUGCCGAUUUGUACACACCUUUUUCAUGUGGUCUGCAUUGAUUUGUGGCUUGUAAAACAUGGUUCCUGCCCUACUUGCAGGCAAGAGGUUUCAGGCUGGAGUUAGUAUC